AUGUCCAACGUGCAGAGGCAGCUGGUAAGAAGUCCAAGGAAGCUUUCAUCCAAGAUCGCUUUUGGCUCUUCUGAGGAGCUGUUCUUUGAGCCAAUCAAGAAGCUGAAGCUGAAGAUUAUGGAUGCCUCAAACAAAACCGUCAAGCUCACUGCCUCCCAAGGAAAGGUAUUGCAGUACCGUGAACAAAGUGACCUCGCCUUCAUGCUGCUCAUCGAGUCACAGAACCUUGAUGAACCCCUCAACCUUGACGAGCUGAUGCGGUACUCACUCUUCCCAGUUCCUCACAGCCUAGGCACAGCUGAUGGGUUCUUCAAUAAGAACCACAAGGCUGCAAUGCUUCACUACUUCACGGAAGAUGCUUCUGAAGAUGUCCCUUAUCCAAAGGAAGCUUUCUACAUCCAGGAUGGCAAUGCACUCUUCCAUGCCUUGAUGAACCUCCCACCAACGUUCAAAAGAAUUUGUCUCCAGUCCCUUGACCAUAUGGUGGCAAAGAACCAUUUUGUCUUCUCAACGGACUCCUACCAUGAUGAUUCUGUUAAGGCUCAGGAGAGAUUGCGUCGUGGCGUGUCCAAGCGGUACAUAGGUUGUCCUGCAACAAGGCAGCCGACUGACUUCAAACUCUUCCUGGCAAAUGAUGAGAACAAGACACAACUCUGUAAACUACUAGAGGUGUGGGGCAGCAAAACCUCUGCAUCACGGCUGGAGAAAUGUGGAACAGCAGUGGUAGUUGUUGAAGGCAAAGCAUAUCAGCUUAAGUCAUCUGGUGGUAAUGUGAGUAUAUUGACAUGUAUAAUUCACCUGUUAGCCUUUCUCACUAUUCCUUUUUCAUUAUAA